UUCCCUCCCCAUCUUCCUCUUCCCUCCCCUCUCUCUCCAUCACCAGCUCAUCCCUCUCUAGCGCUCGUUCGCCCGCCCCUCCCCCCUACGGCCCUACGAGCGCCGCGCUUCUCUUUCUAGCCCCCUCUUCCGCAUUACUCCCUCAUAAAGGAGGAACAGAGGAAAGACUGGGCAGAGGAGAGGACCUAUAGCUGAGAAGAAGCAGAGCAAGUGAAGGAGAAAGCCCCGUAAUCUUGGCCAUCCUCCUCCUCCUGCUGCUGCUGCAACUCCGGCUCUGCCUUUAAACAGUGCAGCCCGGGCGGCGCCGGCCACGACGCUCGUACUCCUAGCUAGCAGCGGAGAACGAACAGCGUGCAGGGACUCGCCUCGAUAGCACAGUAAAUUCCAUUCCAUAUCAUAUACCAUUCCAGCCAUCACUCUCCACCGGCACCCUGCAUUUACUGCUCCCCCAUCACUCGCCCCGGCUUCCUUGAGCGCGAUCUCCAGAUCAUCUUUUGUGUAGCGAGAAAGCUGACGACGGGGAAGGGCGGCGUGGUCAGCAUGGUGCCGCGCGAGCAGGCGGAGGAGGCCAUCGUGGCUGACAGCAACGGCAAGGAGGAGGAGGUCGGGGUGAUGGGCGUCAGCGCCGGGGAGCACGGCGCCGACGACCACCACGGCGGCGGCGGCAAGUUCAGCAUGAAGAACCUGCUCUGGCACGGCGGCUCCGUCUGGGACGCCUGGUUCAGCUGCGCCUCUAACCAGGUCGCGCAGGUGCUCCUGACGCUGCCGUACUCCUUCUCGCAGCUCGGGAUGCUCUCGGGCGUGCUGCUGCAGCUGUUCUACGGUUUCAUGGGCAGCUGGACCGCCUACCUAAUCAGCGUCCUCUACGUCGAGUACCGCUCCCGCAAGGAGAAGGAAGGCGUCAGCUUCAAGAACCACGUCAUCCAGUGGUUCGAGGUGCUGGAUGGGCUACUGGGCCCGUACUGGAAGGCGGCCGGACUCGCCUUCAACUGCACGUUCCUCCUCUUCGGCUCCGUCAUCCAGCUGAUCGCCUGCGCGAGUAACAUCUACUACAUCAACGACCGGCUGGACAAGCGGACGUGGACGUACAUCUUCGGCGCGUGCUGCGCCACCACGGUGUUCAUCCCGUCGUUCCACAACUACCGGAUCUGGUCCUUCCUGGGCCUCGGCAUGACCACCUAUACCGCUUGGUACCUCGCCAUCGCCGCCCUCCUCAACGGCCAGGCCGAAGGCAUCACCCACACCGGUCCAACCAAGCUGGUGCUGUACUUCACCGGCGCCACCAACAUCCUCUACACCUUCGGCGGCCACGCCGUCACAGUGGAGAUCAUGCACGCGAUGUGGAAACCGGCCAAGUUCAAGUACAUCUACCUGCUGGCGACGCUGUACGUGUUCACGCUGACGCUGCCGUCGGCGUCGGCCAUGUACUGGGCGUUCGGGGACGAGCUGCUGACCCACUCCAACGCCUUCUCGCUGCUGCCCAAGACCGGGUGGCGCGACGCGGCGGUGAUACUGAUGCUGAUCCACCAGUUCAUCACGUUCGGGUUCGCGUGCACGCCGCUCUACUUCGUGUGGGAGAAGGUGAUCGGCAUGCACGACACCAAGAGCAUCUGCCUCAGGGCGCUCGCGCGGCUCCCCAUCGUCGUCCCCAUCUGGUUCCUCGCCAUCAUCUUCCCCUUCUUCGGCCCCAUCAACUCCGCCGUCGGCGCGCUCCUCGUCAGCUUCACCGUCUACAUCAUCCCGGCACUCGCCCACAUCCUCACCUACCGUACGGCCUCCGCGCGCAUGAACGCGGCGGAGAAGCCACCGUUCUUCCUGCCGAGCUGGACGGGGAUGUUCGUGCUCAACAUGUUCAUCGUGGUGUGGGUGCUCGUGGUGGGCUUCGGGCUCGGCGGCUGGGCCAGCAUGGUCAACUUCAUCAGGCAGAUCGACACGUUCGGGCUCUUCGCCAAGUGCUACCAGUGUCCCAAGCCCGCCCCGGCGUUGGCGCAGUCGCCGGUGCCAUUGCCGCACCACUAGCGCGCGCCCGUUCCGCACCACCGCCGCCGCCGCGGCGGACCGUGACAACGUGCACCGCCGAGCCCGGAGCAAGGAACCUCGCUCUCCUGGCCGGCACGGCUGCAAAAAUUCAGUGUUGCUUAGGUUUUGGUCGCCUUGUAAUAUACAAAGCCUCUCCUCCUGUGCUAGGGUGUCACACCAAAAUGGUAGAAGAAGAAGAGGGCAUGGGUCCCUACGAUCUUGCCCCGGGCCGUCCGCUGCCGCGUUGCUUUCCCCCGAUCCUCGAUGGUGUCCUUGUGUUUGUUUGGCUUGCCCCUCCCUCUGGCGAUAUAUAUGUGAUGGUCGUCAUGGCUUAUAAAGAUUUUCAGCUCAUGUCACAUUUUCAUAUGAUAUGAUGUAGCAUAUCACUAUAGGGUUAUUUGUUUUCUACCUGGAUGGAGCUUGGUCCAUGUUGUCUAGCGCGAGCAAUUGUAAUCGGCGAUUCCUCGUGCUAGCUAAAGGCAAAACACGGAGGCCUUUGUUUAUUGCGUUCCGCUUUGGAUGUUCUUAUUGUAAAUGUAGAGCGAUUGCUCGCUUUUUUUUUUCUUC